AGACUAUGAACCCCGCAUUAGUCCCCGCCCAGACGCCGUGACAGCAGACGCCGCUCCGUCCAGGUGUACGGUGUGAGGUAUUGCAGUGAUCCGGACCGUUUCAGACCUCUGUCGGUAUAUUUGCGUGAAAUGGCCUAACGCGAUAUGCUUUGUCUCCGAGCUUGUCUGUCACUCGGACGUCCGAAAUGCCGUCUCUCCGCCCAUCUCGCCCCUCGUCUCCCAGAGAAUAAAGCGGGAACACCGCUAACAUGAACGCGGGCGAAGGGAUCAGGCUGUGAGCUGUGAGUUUAAACCUCGAGUGGGAAAAGCUAGCGGUUUGGCUAGCCAGCUAGCUGUGACACCCGGCGGCGGAGGCUCGGAUAUCGGAUUUGCGCAACCAUGGCGGGGCUCAUCAAGAAGCAGAUCCUGAAGCAUCUCUCCAGGUUUGCUAAGAACCUGUCGCCCGACAAAAUCAACCUGAGCACGCUGAAAGGGGAGGGCCAGCUCACCAACCUGGAGCUCGAUGAGGAGGUGCUCCAGAGCCUGCUGGACCUGCCCACCUGGCUGGCCAUCAAUCGUGUGGAAUGCAACAAGGCUGCCAUCAGGAUACCAUGGACCAAGUUGAAGACUCACCCAAUCUCUUUGACUUUGGAUAAAGUGGUGAUGGAGAUGAGCACCUGCGAUGAGCCUCGUCCACCCAAUGGCCCAUCUCCCAUUGCAACAGCAUCAGGACAGAGUGAAUAUGGUUUUGCUGAGAAGGUGGUAGAGGGCAUAUCCUUAUCAAUCAACUCUAUUAUCAUCCGGAUCAGUGCCAAGGCCUUUAACGCGUCUUUUGAGCUCUCGCAGCUGCAGGUCUACAGCGUCAACACCAGCUGGAGCAUCGGUGACCUACGCUUUACUCGCAUUCAGGACCCCCAGAAAGGAGAGAUUCUGACAUUUAAAGAGAUCAGCUGGCAGAUGAUCCGGAUCGAGGCCGACGCUAUCCAGAGCGCCGAGCACGAGAUGUUGAGCGCCCCCAUCCGCCUCAUCACCAACCAGUCCAAGAUCCGAGUCACUCUCAAGAGACGGAUCAAAGACUGUAACGUGGUGGCCUCCAAGCUGAUUCUGAUCUUGGAUGACCUCCUGUGGGUGCUGACAGACUCUCAGCUCAAAGCUAUGGUGCAGUAUGCCAAGUCCCUCAGUGAGGCUAUGGAGAAGUCUGCACAGCAGAGGAAAAGCAUGGCCACAGAAGACCAGGUGUCAUCGCCGCCCCCUUCAGCCCAACAGGUGCGCACCCAACAGGCGUCCUCAGCUGCUGACCAGAGUGCAACCAUGGCCAAGCUGUUCAGCGCCUAUGAUGUGUGCGAGACAUCGCACCAUCUCCAGAUCACACACCUAGACCUGCACAUUUGCGAUGAUAUCCAUGCUAAGGACAAAGUCGUCAAUAAAAGGAUAACCGGUGGAGCCAUGCAGCUUUCCUUUAGCUCCAUUACUUUGGACUACUACCCUUUCCACAGAGCAGGUGACAGCUGCGCUCACUGGAUGCACUACAGCGACGCCACUAAGACGAGAGAGAGCUGGGCACGGAGCCUCCUGGAUGAAUUCAGGACCAACGUGGAGAUGUUAAAGAGCACAGUUCGAGACCAGCAAGGCCCGAGCCACACCCACAGUUCCCCAAAGCAUGGUAAGAUAAACACGUCUUCCAGCGCUUCCUUCAGUCCUCCUCCGCCUCAGACUCCCAAGGCUCAGCUCAUGUCCAGCUCAAUUGUUCUCAGGAUGGCUGACUUCAGCAUCUAUCAGGUCUCAACAGCAGACCAGCGCCGCUCCAGCCCCAAGACCAUGAUCUCCUGUAAUAAGAAGUCCUUGUACCUUCCGUCAGAGAUGCCGGCCAUCCAUGUAGAGUUCACAGAAUACUAUUUCCCUGAUGGAAAAGACUACCCUAUUCCGUGUCCAAACCUUUAUGCUCAGCUCAAUGCCCUUCAGCUGGUCCUGGAUCCUCGCAGCCUGGUGUGGCUCAACCUCUUUGCCCUCGACCUGAGGCAGAGUCUGGAGCAGUUCAUGGAGAUCUACAAGCUCAAUGACUCUCAAAAACCAGACGAGCAUGUUGACAUCAGGGUUGACGGCCUCAUGCUGAAGCUCGUAAUUCCCACUGAUCAGGACUCUUCUUCGCCUGCUGACCUGCCUCGCUCCAUCUCAAUUCAGACUUCAGAAAUGGCAGCCACUAACACCCGACACCCGGCCAACUGUACACGAUCCCACCUUGAAGCCCUUCUGCAGGCCUUUGAAGAGGAACCCUUCUUCUGUUCAUCUUUUUCCUCUUUCCCUCGCUCCUCAUCCUCUUUACCAAUCCUCCAUCCCGUCUUCCAGCGCCACGCUCACGAACAGGACACCAAGUUGCACGACAUUUAUCGGGGCCUAGUGGUGCCCACGAUGGGCACGGACGCCCUCAAGAUGCCUGCAGCCACUGACUUUUGGGCGCUGCACUUUGCCCAGUUUUGGGUGGACUAUGAAGGAACCCGCGGAGGUAAAGGGCGGCCCCAGCCCUUUGUGGACUCCUUCCCUCUAACUGUGUGGGCGUGUCAGCCAGCAAAGCUCGUCCAGCAUCAGGAGAAGCUGAGGAGUGCUGCUGGACCAGGACUGUCCAGAAGCUCGUCAACGGAGGCUGUCGCACGUUUACAGAGGAAGCGAUUAUUAAAGGAGUAUUACAGCACUGAUGCAACGACAUCAUCACCUCACAAUAGCAAUUCAGCACUGCCAGCCAGUAAUGGUCUCCAUAAACCCCUCUCACUAGACAGUCUGCCCUCCUCAUCCUCCUCUUUGUCAUCAGAUAAAGAUGCAGAUGUGCAUGUGUUGGUGCAUGUGCAGAAGCAUCUGAGCGCUCAGGUAAGCCAUCGGCAGUAUGUGUUUCUGAUGCAGCUUCAGCGCACCAUCAAAUCCCUGCAGCAGACACUACAGCAGGAUAUGGAGAAGAUGAGCUCCAAGAGAGACCGCAAGGAUCCUUCCCACCAUCCGGCAGAUCGCCAGCCGUUCACCGUCUGCUUGGGCCUCCUGCUCAAAAGCGCAGAGGUGUCCCUGCUCCUGAAGCCCAUUCCGCAGCCUGAGGGUUCAGGAUCUCCUCCAGGCUCGGAGCUGUCGCCCUCAGAGAGCCGAGGAACUCUGGAGCCUGCGAGUAAUGCGAGAGACGGGGGAGAGAAAGGCAAUGAAGGAUCUGGCUCAGAAGGUGGAGGAGCCAAGCAGUCUUGCACUGUAGACCAGCUGCUAUGUAGCCAUGGCUUAGAGGGAGGACCCAUGCAGGUUCCUGCACCUCUCAUUCCCGCUUCCACUUCAACUACACAUCCCGACUUGAACCACAAAACGUCAGUGGAGGAGAGGACUCCAGCUAAAAGGACUGGGCGGGGGAGUUCAGAUGAAGGUGGCGAGGUGCUGAUGGAUGGGUUGUCUGGAGGUGAUGAUAUGGGAUCUAGGUUAGACUCCAAAAACCAACCAUGUGACCAUCUGCCUGAUCCACUCAGCAGCAAAGACUGGAGCGACAAAGACAAGGCUGCAAAGAUGCCUCAGUCAAUAUCCAGGAAAGGAAGUUUGUCUGUGGUAUCUGAUCUCCUCAGCUCCUCAAACUCCAGCAGAUCCACCUCCCUUUAUUCCAUGUCCAACAUUGGUCGUUUGAUGCGGGAUCGCUCCCAGUCCAGUUUCUCUGUAUCCUAUAAAAAUAUGAAGAAGAGCCCCUCUCUGCAGUCCCUGGACAACAUCUCCAUAGAUAGCUACCUGAUGGAGGAUGGAGACACUUACAGCCUGCUGGAAAGAGACGACGUGUCCAUCUCAGGCUUCAAGGACGUCAUCAGUGAACAAAGCACCGCAGAGAGCGCCAUCGAGGCAGCGACUGGUCAGGAGCACGAGGGGGGAGAGUCCCCCGACUCUGCCAGCGCAGCAUCACAGAGCAUUGAUGAGCCCACCAAAGAUACAGUGUCAGUGCUGGUGUUGAAGGUGCAGUCGGUGUGUGUGGGCAUGGAGGCCAUGGGCGAGAGCACAGCCGUGGCUCUGGAGGUGGGCCGGGUCACACCCAGCCAGCUGGGAAAUGUCAGCCUCAGACAGUACCUCAGCAACCGCAGCCUGGGUAUGGUGUGUUCAGUACCAAUACCUGCACAAAGCAGCCAAGCUGGCGGCGAGACCAGCUCUGCAUCCAUCCAGGGCCUUCACGGUCCGGCGGUCCGGGCUCGGCUGGAAAGCGGGCCCUGGGCCGCCGCCCACUCCCCGUUGGCUGAACGUAACGGCUUCCUCCAGCUGCAGCUUCACGAUUACACGGCGAGCUUCAUGAUGUCCUCGCUCCGCAACCUUUCCCUUUUCCUGGAGGACGACUCAGCCUCCCAGGUGCUGCCCAUGGAGAUCAGCAUCAGGGACACACACAUUGAUUUAAAGGAUGAUGACCCUCGUGAUAAUCCCAACUCGGAGCCCUCGCCGGUCAUGCUGCACAUCGACAGCCUCAUCGUACACAGAAGAGACGACGGGUCUUUCUCUAUAGGAGGUGACAAACUGGAUAGAGCAGGUGAGGCCAAACCCAAGCAAGCGGCCUCAGUGAUUGACAGCUCUCUGAGUCCAGUCCCUGAGACUGUGGGCGGCAUCUGUGGUGUUUCAAAGGCGACGCAGACUCAGGCUCUGCCUACCAGCCCCCCUCCAUCUGACAAGGAGAAGAUGCUGAUCGAAGAGAAUGAGUGUUUAAAGGUGGAGCUUUCCCGGGCAAAGAUGGCGCUGGCUGAGGCUCAGAUGGAGAAGGACUCGCUGCUUCACCGACUGAAGAACCUCAAAGUCAGCACCAGCUAGACCGCCACUCUCGAAGACCCUACAAGUCUCGCAAAAUAAGAAGGAAAAGAAGAUGAUUUUUUUUUUUUUUUUAAACUACAAUGGGGGCUCCCUUUUCACGAGCCACCGCGUGACUUCAGACUUAUACAAAUAAAACAAUCCUGAGUCUUUGACGACUCUGAGAAAACGCAUUUUUACAAACUCGUCAUCUGUUUUGUUUUCCACUUUUAAUUGCGGACAAUUCACACGUUUGCAGCGCCAAGAAGGAUAAAAUGCGCACCUGUGUGUGUUUGUGUGAGACGGCAAGAGGAUGAGAUUUCUAACUUUGGUCGUGCCUACAGAAAACCAUUCCCAGAAACCUGCUUCUGUUGUUCAAGUUUCAAUUAAAAAAAGCAUCCCAGCUUUUCGUCAGUGAGCUUCACUCAGACCUGUAGGCAUGGGGAAACGCUGAAUGUCGUAUCUUCAGAGGAAUGUCUUACUUUGCACUGCGCUGAAAUUCGAUUUGUAAUCCAGCGCUUUCAUAUUCAGAGGGGAGCGACGAAUCAUGUUCCUGCUCGUCCUCGCAGCGUGUACAGUGUAUAUUGUGCAAGAAUGGGAACACAUAACUAUUUUCUACAGAACUUUGAAUGAUUUUGCAGUGAUUCAGUUGAAUGAGUGUAUGUCUCAGUCAGAACAAGCAUUUCUUUACAAGUAAAGUGUGAAUUUCCAUGGCUUUGACACCAGUCUGUUCCUCCCCGCCCGCACCCAUUCCCAUUUAUUUUAUUUUUUUUAAUUAUGUGUAAAUAGCUCCUUAACAUGUGCUGCACUUUUAAAACUGAGGCAAUGUAAAUACAACAAUCAGAACUGUGAGAGAAAAGUUGAGCCGACGAGUAGAGACAGUGGAAAUAAACAUCCACUCUGAGAAAAGAGGAAAAUUAGGGCACCGUAAAGCUGCCUGAUUACUUAAGUGUGUGUGUGUGUGUGUGUGUGUGUGUCUUUAUGUGAAUUUUCUAAUCUGCCAUCUAAUGUAAUUUUAUUUUAUUUUAUUUUCCGUGGACGCACAAAGACUAUCUGUUCAUGUGCCCAUGCCUCACGCUUGUGCGGCUACUUUAGGGGGAGUGACUUUUCUAACAGCACAUGCUUCGGCACAGCACAAAAGGAUAGUUUUUGGCGUCUGUGGAUUCGGAACAUUAAAUCGGUCUGAAGGUGCAUUUAUUCAUUUCAGGAUGUUUGUUUUUUUUCUUUUUAAUUUAAAACAAUGUUUUGAUUUGUUUGGUUUCGUGAAACACAGCUAGUUGCCUCCACGAAUGAGCGAUUCAGACUUGAAAUUAGAUUUUUAACAGAGCUGUCUUCUUAAAGAGGAAUGUUUUACUUUACGUCUGCUUUAUUUUGGCCCAUUUUUCCUAGACUUAGUUUAGUUUUUUUCCCCCCCCCC